AACGAGUGCGAGAGUGACCCGUGUCUCAACAACGGAACCUGCAUAGACCUCUUCAACAACUACACGUGCGCAUGCGCAGAAGGAUGGAUCGGGGACAACUGCCAACUACUUAACGGCACCACCCCCUGUGAGUCCAAUCCCUGUCUGAAUGGAGGCAACUGUACAGAGAUAGAUGAGGACUACACGUGCGUGUGCCCGCCGACUUACACAGGAGUCAACUGUGAAGAAAUCAUGGGACCUUCAGCGGUGUGUAUCAGCUGGGGAGAUCCACACUACAUCACAUUCGACGGCACAAAGGUCAACUUCCAGGGCGCGUGCACGUACAAUCUCGUGCAGGCACAAGAACGAGAUUCCGCGAGACCUGCCUUCCGGAUCCUGGCCACCAACGAACGGAGGGGGUCCGACCGCGUGUCCUACACGGCUGGGGCAAGGAUUGAGAUCUACCAGCAUGUUAUAACUUUGGGACAAGGCCGAGUGGUGAUGCUUGAUGGAGUCCAGGUCACCCUCCCUCUCCAACUAGCGGAGGGAGUCAGUGUGCGCCUCGGCGGCAGGAACGUUAUCCUCCGAACGACUUUCGGACUACGAGUGGCGUACAACGGGAAUCACCGCCUGGAAGUCAGCGUGCCACCAGCUUACACUAAUAACAUCCGAGGCCUGUGCGGAAACUUCAAUAACGAUCCACAGGAUGAUCUGGAAAAGCCGGAUGGUACCACGGCCUCCAGCCACACUGAGUUUGGAAACAGCUGGGAGGUUGAUGUAGACAACAGCUGUCCCGGUGCCGUGGAGCCAGUGAAUCCCGGACCAAACUGUGAGCCAGGGCUACAAGCUGUAGUGGAGAGCGAAAACUGGUGCGGCGAGAUCAGAGAGACCUUCCAAUCCUGCAACGACGUGGUUGACCCGACUCCGUACUUUGACGCCUGUGUCUACGACGUCUGCGAGUACCAGGGAAGUUUAGAAGUCCUCUGUCAGAGCCUAGAGGCUUACGCGGCAGCCUGUCUUGCUAAUGGCGUGGAACUGGAUGACUGGAGAACUUUGACGUUAUGUCCGACAUCAUGCCCGGUACACCAACACUACACAGCCUGUGGUAGCUCGUGUCCUGCGGUGUGCACUGACUUAACCGCUGCAGACAGCUGUAACGAACCGUGUGUCGAGGGAUGUCAGUGCAACCAGGGCUUUGUUCUGAGCGGACAGGACUGCAUCCCAGAGGACCAGUGCGGUUGUCUCUCGGACGGUAUCUACCACGCGCUGAAUGAAGAAUGGGGUCUGGACAAUGGCCAGCAGUGCACCUGUCACAACCAAAAUAACAUCACCUGCAGGCAGGUGGAAUGCAACGACGGCUUCGCAUGGGGUUUGGAAGAUGGUAAAUGGGAUUGCCACUGCCAGUUGGACAACAACUGUGAAGGAACCCGCCCAGAAGCAGAAGGCAUCUGCGUCAGCUGGGGUGAUCCUCACUACCUAACCUUUGACGGAAGGAACUUGAACUACCAGGGUGCAUGUACCUACAUUCUUGCCAAGGCUGAGCAACAGACGGACGCCCUUCCAGCCUUUGAGAUUCAGGCUACCAACGACAGAAGAGGGUCAAACCGCGUGUCAUACACAGACAGCGCACGUAUUGACAUCAAUGGACAUACUGUGAUCUUGGGACAGGGGCGCAUUGUGACGCUGAACGGCCUGCAGGUCACUCCUCCGGUCAACCUGGCGCAAGGCAUCAACAUACAAUUUAGUGGACCCAAUGUCGUGCUCAGUACUACCUUUGGACUCAGGGUGUCCUUCGACGGAAACCAUCGUCUAGAAGUAGUGGUACCGCCAGCCUACUUCAACACUACACAGGGUAUUUGUGGCAACUUCAACGAUGAUAGUACCGAUGACCUAAUGAUGCCAGACGGCAAUAUGGCUGCCGAUGCUGUCCAAUUGGGCAACAGCUGGAAGACCAACACAAGCUGCCCUGACCAAGUGGGUCCUGUGAGCCCUAACUGUGAUCCUGGACUACAAGCCAUCAUCCAGAACGACGAACGGUGUGGCAAGAUCAUGGAAGACUUCCAGGCUUGUCACAGCGUUGUUAAUCCAUUAGCCUACUAUGAAGCCUGCGUCUUCGACGUCUGCGAGUACCAAGGCAGUCUGGAAAUGCUCUGUCAGAACUUGGAGGCUUAUGUCCAAGCAUGCGCCACACAAGGAAUUGACUUGGGAGAUUGGAGAACACCAACAGUAUGCCCGCUGACAUGUCCAGUAAACAGUCACUACACCACCUGUGCAAGUGCCUGCCCGGCUACCUGCACCGACGUAGCGGCACCAAACCAGUGUAACCAUCCUUGUAAGGAGGCGUGUGAAUGUGACCACGGCUUUGUCCUUAGCGGUGAAGUCUGCGUUCCACAGGAGCAGUGUGGUUGUCUGAUAGAUGGAAUCUAUUACGCGCUGAAUGAAGAGUGGGGUCUAGAAAAUGGCCAGCGAUGCACCUGCCGUGGAGAGAACAAUAGCACAUGCAGGGACGUGGAAUGUAACAGCGGCUUUACAUGGAGUUUAGUAGAUGGACAAUGGGGCUGUCACUGCCAACAGGACAACGUCUGUGGAGGUACAAAUCCAGAGUUGGAAGGCGUAUGCGUAAGCUGGGGAGACCCUCACUACAUCACCUUUGACGGAAGGAACCUGAAUUACCAGGGAGCAUGCACCUACAUUCUCAGCAAGGCCGAUCAACAAAACGACCAACUUCCAGCCUUUGAGAUUCAGGGAACCAACGACAGGAAAGGUUCAAACCGUGUAUCCUGUACAGACAGCGCAAGCAUAACCGUCUAUCAACAUACUGUGACCAUAGGACAAGGGCGCGUUGUGACGUUGAACGGUCAACAAGUCACCACUCCGAUCAACCUGGCGGAAGGCAUUAACGUACGAUUAAGUGGACCCAAUGUCGUGCUCAGCACUACCUUCGGACUCAGGGUGUCCUUCGACGGAAAUACCCGAUUAGAAAUAGUCGUGCCACAAGGAUACUCAAACAUUACACAGGGUAUUUGUGGCAACUUCAACGGCGACGACAGUGAUGAUAUGAUCAUGUCAAACGGAAGUAUGGCUAGCAAUGCCAUCGACUGGGGCAAUAGCUGGAAGACCAACACAAGCUGCCCUGAUGAAAUUGGUACCGUGGAUCCUGUAGCUAGCUGUACUGAGGGGUUAAAAACCAUUAUCGAGAGCGACGAACGCUGUGGAAAGAUCAUGGAAGACUUCCAGGCUUGUCACGAUGCCGUUGCCCCUGAACCCUACUUUAUUGCCUGUGUCUACGAUGUCUGCGAGUACCAAGGCAGUUUGGAAUUCCUCUGCCAAAACCUGGAGGCCUACGUGCAAGCAUGCUCUGACAACGGGAUAGACUUGGGCGAAUGGAGAACACCAACUAUAUGUCCGCUGACAUGUCCAAUAAACAGUCACUACACAACCUGUGCAAGUGCCUGUCCGGCUACCUGCACCGACGUGGCGGCACCAAACCAGUGCAACCAUCCUUGUAAGGAGGCCUGUGAAUGUGACCUCGGCUUUGUCCUUAGCGGUGAAGUCUGCGUUCCACAGGAGCAGUGUGGUUGUCUGAAGGACGGCAUCUACUACCCGUUGGGAGCCGAAUGGAGCGAGGCCAACGGUCAGACUUGUAGCUGUCGUGGACAGAAUGAUAUCAGCUGUCAACAAGUGGUCUGCGAAGAUGGCUUCUUCUGGAACCUGGAAGACGGCACCUGGGACUGUCGCUGCUUACCUGACAGAGAUUGUGAUGGUGAACGUGGCCCAGUCGAAGCCAUUUGCGUCAGCUGGGGAGAUCCUCACUACAUCACCUUUGAUGGAAAGAACAUGAAUUUCAUGGGCGCAUGCACCUACAUUCUCAGCAAGGCCAGUCGACAGAAUGACCAACUUCCAGCCUUUGAGAUUCAGGCUACCAACGACAGAAGAGGCUCCGACCGUGUAUCUUACACAGAUAGCGCACUCAUCAACAUCUAUCAGCAUACUGUGAUCUUGGGACAAGGGCGCAUUGUGACGCUGAACGGCCUGCAGGUCACUCCUCCAGUCAACUUGGCACAAGGCAUCAACAUACAAAUGAGUGGACCCAACGUCGUGCUCAGCACUACCUUUGGACUCAGGGUGUCCUUCGACGGAAACCAUCGUCUAGAAGUCGUGGUACCACCAACCUACUUUAACACUACACAAGGUAUUUGUGGCAACUUCAAUGGAGACCAAAGCGAUGACACGCUCAAGUCGGACGGAAGCGUGGCUAUCGAUGCCAACGACUGGGGCAAUAGCUGGAAGACCAACACAAGCUGUCCUGACGAGGAUCAAAUCGUCACGCCUGACUGUGAGCCAGGGCUACAAACCAUCAUCGAGAGCAACGAACGGUGCGGCAAGAUCAUGGAAGACUUCCAGGCUUGUCACAGCUGGGUUGAUCCACAAGCCUACUAUGAAGCCUGCGUCUUCGACGUCUGCGAGUACCAAGGCAGUCUGGAAAUGCUCUGUCAGACCUUGGAGGCCUACGUGCAAGCAUGUGCCGAACAGGGACUAGACUUGGGCGAUUGGAGAACACCAACAAUAUGUCCGCUGACAUGUCCAGUAAACAGCCACUACACCACCUGCGCGAGUGCCUGUCCCGCUACCUGCACCGACGUGGCGGCACCAAACCAGUGCAACCAUCCUUGUAAGGAGGCGUGUGAAUGUGACCUUGGCUUUGUCCUUAGCGGUGAAGUCUGCGUUCCACAGGAGCAGUGUGGUUGUCUGAAGGACGGCAUCUACUACCCGUUGGGCGCCGAAUGGAGCGAGGCCAACGGUCAGACUUGUAGCUGUCGGGGACAGAAUGAUAUCAGCUGUCAACAAGUGGUCUGCGAAGAUGGCUUCUUCUGGAACUUGGAAGACGGCACCUGGGACUGUCGCUGCUUACCUGACAGAGAUUGUGAUGGUGAACGUGGCCCAGUCGAAGCCAUUUGCGUCAGCUGGGGCGAUCCUCACUACAUCACCUUUGACGGAAUGAACAUGAAUUUCAUGGGCGCAUGCACCUACAUUCUCAGCAAGGCCAGCCGACAGAACGACCAACUUCCAGCCUUUGAGAUUCAGGCUACCAACGACAGAAGAGGCUCCGACCGUGUAUCUUACACAGAUAGCGCACUCAUCAACAUCUAUCAGCAUACUGUGAUCUUGGGACAAGGGCGCAUUGUGACGCUGAACGGCCUGCAGGUCACUCCUCCGGUCAACUUGGCACAAGGCAUCAACAUACAAAUGAGUGGACCCAACGUCGUGCUCAGCACUACCUUUGGACUCAGGGUGUCCUUCGACGGAAACCAUCGUCUAGAAGUCGUGGUACCACCAACCUACUUCAACACUACACAGGGCAUUUGUGGCAACUUCAACGGCGACAAAGCCGAUGACAUGCUCAAGUCGGACGGAAUCAUGGCUAUCGAUGCCAACGAGUGGGGCAAUAGCUGGAAGACCAACACAAGCUGUCCUGACGAGGUUCAAAUCGUCACGCCUGACUGUGAGCCAGGGCUACAAACCAUCAUCGAAAGCAACGAACGGUGCGGCAAGAUCAUGGAAGACUUCCAGGCUUGUCACAGCUGGGUUGAUCCACAAGCCUACUAUGAAGCCUGCGUCUUCGACGUCUGCGAGUACCAAGGCAGUCUGGAAAUGCUCUGUCAGACCUUGGAGGCCUACGUGCAAGCAUGUGCCGAACAGGGACUAGACUUGGGCGAUUGGAGAACACCAACAAUAUGUCCGCUGACAUGUCCAGUAAACAGCCACUACACCACCUGCGCGAGUGCCUGUCCCGCUACCUGCACCGACGUGGCGGCACCAAACCAGUGCAACCAUCCUUGUAAGGAGGCGUGUGAAUGUGACCUCGGCUUUGUCCUUAGCGGUGAAGUCUGCGUUCCACAGGAGCAGUGUGGUUGUCUGAAGGACGGCAUCUACUACCCGUUGGGCGCCGAAUGGAGCGAGGCCAACGGUCAGACUUGUAGCUGUCGGGGACAGAAUGAUAUCAGCUGUCAACAAGUGGUCUGCGAAGAUGGCUUCUUCUGGAACUUGGAAGACGGCACCUGGGACUGUCGCUGCUUACCUGACAGAGAUUGUGAUGGUGAACGUGGCCCAGUCGAAGCCAUUUGCGUCAGCUGGGGCGAUCCUCACUACAUCACCUUUGACGGAAAGAACAUGAAUUUCAUGGGCGCAUGCACCUACAUUCUCAGCAAGGCCAGCCGACAGAACGACCAACUUCCAGCCUUUGAGAUUCAGGCUACCAACGACAGAAGAGGCUCCGACCGUGUAUCUUACACAGAUAGCGCACUCAUCAACAUCUAUCAGCAUACUGUGAUCUUGGGACAAGGGCGCAUUGUGACGCUGAACGGCCUGCAGGUCACUCCUCCGGUCAACUUGGCACAAGGCAUCAACAUACAAUUGAGUGGACCCAACGUCGUGCUCAGCACUACCUUUGGACUCAGGGUGUCCUUCGACGGAAACCAUCGUCUAGAAGUCGUGGUACCACCAACCUACUUCAACACUACACAGGGCAUUUGUGGCAACUUCAACGGCGACAAAGCCGAUGACAUGCUCAAGUCGGACGGAAUCAUGGCUAUCGAUGCCAACGAGUGGGGCAAUAGUUGGAAGACCAACACAAGCUGUCCUGACGAGGUUCAAAUCGUCACGCCUGACUGUGAGCCAGGGCUACAAACCAUCAUCGAGAGCAACGAACGGUGCGGCAAGAUCAUGGAAGACUUCCAGGCUUGUCACAGCUGGGUUGAUCCACAAGCCUACUAUGAAGCCUGCGUCUUCGACGUCUGCGAGUACCAAGGCAGUCUGGAAAUGCUCUGUCAGACCUUGGAGGCCUACGUGCAAGCAUGUGCCGAACAGGGACUAGACUUGGGCGAUUGGAGAACACCAACAAUAUGUCCGCUGACAUGUCCAGUAAACAGCCACUACACCACCUGCGCGAGUGCCUGUCCCGCUACCUGCACCGACGUGGCGGCACCAAACCAGUGCAACCAUCCUUGUAAGGAGGCGUGUGAAUGUGACCUCGGCUUUGUCCUUAGCGGUGAAGUCUGCGUUCCACAGGAGCAGUGUGGUUGUCUGAAGGACGGCAUCUACUACCCGUUGAGCGCCGAAUGGAGCGAGGCCAACGGUCAGACUUGUAGCUGUCGGGGACAGAAUGAUAUCAGCUGUCAACAAGUGGUCUGCGAAGAUGGCUUCUUCUGGAACUUGGAAGACGGCACCUGGGACUGUCGCUGCUUACCUGACAGAGAUUGUGAUGGUGAACGUGGCCCAGUCGAAGCCAUUUGCGUCAGCUGGGGCGAUCCUCACUACAUCACCUUUGACGGAAAGAACAUGAAUUUCAUGGGCGCAUGCACCUACAUUCUCAGCAAGGCCAGCCGACAGAACGACCAACUUCCAGCCUUUGAGAUUCAGGCUACCAACGACAGAAGAGGCUCCGACCGUGUAUCUUACACAGAUAGCGCACUCAUCAACAUCUAUCAGCAUACUGUGAUCUUGGGACAAGGGCGCAUUGUGACGCUGAACGGCCUGCAGGUCACUCCUCCGGUCAACUUGGCACAAGGCAUCAACAUACAAUUGAGUGGACCCAACGUCGUGCUCAGCACUACCUUUGGACUCAGGGUGUCCUUCGACGGAAACCAUCGUCUAGAAGUCGUGGUACCACCAACCUACUUCAACACUACACAGGGCAUUUGUGGCAACUUCAACGGCGACAAAGCCGAUGACAUGCUCAAGUCGGACGGAAUCAUGGCUAUCGAUGCCAACGAGUGGGGCAAUAGCUGGAAGACCAACACAAGCUGUCCUAACGAGGUUCAAAUCGUCACGCCUGACUGUGAGCCAGGGCUACAAACCAUCAUCGAGAGCAACGAACGGUGCGGCAAGAUCAUGGAAGACUUCCAGGCUUGUCACAGCUGGGUUGAUCCACAAGCCUACUAUGAAGCCUGCGUCUUCGACGUCUGCGAGUACCAAGGCAGUCUGGAAAUGCUCUGUCAGACCUUGGAGGCCUACGUGCAAGCAUGUGCCGAACAGGGACUAGACUUGGGCGAUUGGAGAACACCAACAAUAUGUCCGCUGACAUGUCCAGUAAACAGCCACUACACCACCUGCGCGAGUGCCUGUCCCGCUACCUGCACCGACGUGGCGGCACCAAACCAGUGCAACCAUCCUUGUAAGGAGGCGUGUGAAUGUGACCUCGGCUUUGUCCUUAGCGGUGAAGUCUGCGUUCCACAGGAGCAGUGUGGUUGUCUGAAGGACGGCAUCUACUACCCGUUGGGCGCCGAAUGGAGCGAGGCCAACGGUCAGACUUGUAGCUGUCGGGGACAGAAUGAUAUCAGCUGUCAACAAGUGGUCUGCGAAGAUGGCUUCUUCUGGAACUUGGAAGACGGCACCUGGGACUGUCGCUGCUUACCUGACAGAGAUUGUGAUGGUGAACGUGGCCCAGUCGAAGCCAUUUGCGUCAGCUGGGGCGAUCCUCACUACAUCACCUUUGACGGAAAGAACAUGAAUUUCAUGGGCGCAUGCACCUACAUUCUCAGCAAGGCCAGCCGACAGAACGACCAACUUCCAGCCUUUGAGAUUCAGGCUACCAACGACAGAAGAGGCUCCGACCGUGUAUCUUACACAGAUAGCGCACUCAUCAACAUCUAUCAGCAUACUGUGAUCUUGGGACAAGGGCGCAUUGUGACGCUGAACGGCCUGCAGGUCACUCCUCCGGUCAACUUGGCACAAGGCAUCAACAUACAAUUGAGUGGACCCAACGUCGUGCUUAGCACUACCUUUGGACUCAGGGUGUCCUUCGACGGAAACCAUCGUCUAGAAGUCGUGGUACCACCAACCUACUUCAACACUACACAGGGCAUUUGUGGCAACUUCAACGGCGACAAAGCCGAUGACAUGCUCAAGUCGGACGGAAUCAUGGCUAUCGAUGCCAACGAGUGGGGCAAUAGCUGGAAGACCAACACAAGCUGUCCUGACGAGGUUCAAAUCGUCACGCCUGACUGUGAGCCAGGGCUACAAACCAUCAUCGAGAGCAACGAACGGUGCGGCAAGAUCAUGGAAGACUUCCAGGCUUGUCACAGCUGGGUUGAUCCACAAGCCUACUAUGAAGCCUGCGUCUUCGACGUCUGCGAGUACCAAGGCAGUCUGGAAAUGCUCUGUCAGACCUUGGAGGCCUACGUGCAAGCAUGUGCCGAACAGGGACUAGACUUGGGCGAUUGGAGAACACCAACAAUAUGUCCGCUGACAUGUCCAGUAAACAGCCACUACACCACCUGCGCGAGUGCCUGUCCCGCUACCUGCACCGACGUGGCGGCACCAAACCAGUGCAACCAUCCUUGUAAGGAGGCGUGUGAAUGUGACCUCGGCUUUGUCCUUAGCGGUGAAGUCUGCGUUCCACAGGAGCAGUGUGGUUGUCUGAAGGACGGCAUCUACUACCCGUUGGGCGCCGAAUGGAGCGAGGCCAACGGUCAGACUUGUAGCUGUCGGGGACAGAAUGAUAUCAGCUGUCAACAAGUGGUCUGCGAAGAUGGCUUCUUCUGGAACUUGGAAGACGGCACCUGGGACUGUCGCUGCUUACCUGACAGAGAUUGUGAUGGUGAACGUGGCCCAGUCGAAGCCAUUUGCGUCAGCUGGGGCGAUCCUCACUACAUCACCUUUGACGGAAAGAACAUGAAUUUCAUGGGCGCAUGCACCUACAUUCUCAGCAAGGCCAGCCGACAGAACGACCAACUUCCAGCCUUUGAGAUUCAGGCUACCAACGACAGAAGAGGCUCCGACCGUGUAUCUUACACAGAUAGCGCACUCAUCAACAUCUAUCAGCAUACUGUGAUCUUGGGACAAGGGCGCAUUGUGACGCUGAACGGCCUGCAGGUCACUCCUCCGGUCAACUUGGCACAAGGCAUCAACAUACAAUUGAGUGGACCCAACGUCGUGCUCAGCACUACCUUUGGACUCAGGGUGUCCUUCGACGGAAACCAUCGUCUAGAAGUCGUGGUACCACCAACCUACUUCAACACUACACAGGGCAUUUGUGGCAACUUCAACGGCGACAAAGCCGAUGACAUGCUCAAGUCGGACGGAAUCAUGGCUAUCGAUGCCAACGAGUGGGGCAAUAGUUGGAAGACCAACACAAGCUGUCCUGACGAGGUUCAAAUCGUCACGCCUGACUGUGAGCCAGGGCUACAAACCAUCAUCGAGAGCAACGAACGGUGCGGCAAGAUCAUGGAAGACUUCCAGGCUUGUCACAGCUGGGUUGAUCCACAAGCCUACUAUGAAGCCUGUGUCUUCGACGUCUGCGAGUACCAAGGCAGUCUGGAAAUGCUCUGUCAGACCUUGGAGGCCUACGUGCAAGCAUGUGCCGAACAGGGACUAGACUUGGGCGAUUGGAGAACACCAACAAUAUGUCCGCUGACAUGUCCAGUAAACAGCCACUACACCACCUGCGCGAGUGCCUGUCCCGCUACCUGCACCGACGUGGCGGCACCAAACCAGUGCAACCAUCCUUGUAAGGAGGCGUGUGAAUGUGACCUCGGCUUUGUCCUUAGCGGUGAAGUCUGCGUUCCACAGGAGCAGUGUGGUUGUCUGAAGGACGGCAUCUACUACCCGUUGGGCGCCGAAUGGAGCGAGGCCAACGGUCAGACUUGUAGCUGUCGGGGACAGAAUGAUAUCAGCUGUCAACAAGUGGUCUGCGAAGAUGGCUUCUUCUGGAACUUGGAAGACGGCACCUGGGACUGUCGCUGCUUACCUGACAGAGAUUGUGAUGGUGAACGUGGCCCAGUCGAAGCCAUUUGCGUCAGCUGGGGCGAUCCUCACUACAUCACCUUUGACGGAAAGAACAUGAAUUUCAUGGGCGCAUGCACCUACAUUCUCAGCAAGGCCAGCCGACAGAACGACCAACUUCCAGCCUUUGAGAUUCAGGCUACCAACGACAGAAGAGGCUCCGACCGUGUAUCUUACACAGAUAGCGCACUCAUCAACAUCUAUCAGCAUACUGUGAUCUUGGGACAAGGGCGCAUUGUGACGCUGAACGGCCUGCAGGUCACUCCUCCGGUCAACUUGGCACAAGGCAUCAACAUACAAUUGAGUGGACCCAACGUCGUGCUUAGCACUACCUUUGGACUCAGGGUGUCCUUCGACGGAAACCAUCGUCUAGAAGUCGUGGUACCACCAACCUACUUCAACACUACACAGGGCAUUUGUGGCAACUUCAACGGCGACAAAGCCGAUGACAUGCUCAAGUCGGACGGAAUCAUGGCUAUCGAUGCCAACGAGUGGGGCAAUAGCUGGAAGACCAACACAAGCUGUCCUGACGAGGUUCAAAUCGUCACGCCUGACUGUGAGCCAGGGCUACAAACCAUCAUCGAGAGCAACGAACGGUGCGGCAAGAUCAUGGAAGACUUCCAGGCUUGUCACAGCUGGGUUGAUCCACAAGCCUACUAUGAAGCCUGCGUCUUCGACGUCUGCGAGUACCAAGGCAGUCUGGAAAUGCUCUGUCAGACCUUGGAGGCCUACGUGCAAGCAUGUGCCGAACAGGGACUAGACUUGGGCGAUUGGAGAACACCAACAAUAUGUCCGCUGACAUGUCCAGUAAACAGCCACUGCACCACCUGCGCGAGUGCCUGUCCCGCUACCUGCACCGACGUGGCGGCACCAAACCAGUGCAACCAUCCUUGUAAGGAGGCGUGUGAAUGUGACCUCGGCUUUGUCCUUAGCGGUGAAGUCUGCGUUCCACAGGGGCAGUGUGGUUGUCUGAAGGACGGCAUCUACUACCCGUUGGGCGCCGAAUGGAGCGAGGCCAACGGUCAGACUUGUAGCUGUCGGGGACAGAAUGAUAUCAGCUGUCAACAAGUAGUCUGCGAAGAUGGCUUCUUCUGGAACUUGGAAGACGGCACCUGGGACUGUCGCUGCUUACCUGACAGAGAUUGUGAUGGUGAACGUGGCCCAGUCGAAGCCAUUUGCGUCAGCUGGGGCGAUCCUCACUACAUCACCUUUGACGGAAAGAACAUGAAUUUCAUGGGCGCAUGCACCUACAUUCUCAGCAAGGCCAGCCGACAGAACGACCAACUUCCAGCCUUUGAGAUUCAGGCUACCAACGACAGAAGAGGCUCCGACCGUGUAUCUUACACAGAUAGCGCACUCAUCAACAUCUAUCAGCAUACUGUGAUCUUGGGACAAGGGCGCAUUGUGACGCUGAACGGCCUGCAGGUCACUCCUCCGGUCAACUUGGCACAAGGCAUCAACAUACAAUUGAGUGGACCCAACGUCGUGCUCAGCACUACCUUUGGACUCAGGGUGUCCUUCGACGGAAACCAUCGUCUAGAAGUCGUGGUACCACCAACCUACUUCAACACUACACAGGGCAUUUGUGGCAACUUCAACGGCGACAAAGCCGAUGACAUGCUCAAGUCGGACGGAAUCAUGGCUAUCGAUGCCAACGAGUGGGGCAAUAGCUGGAAGACCAACACAAGCUGUCCUGACGAGGUUCAAAUCGUCACGCCUGACUGUGAGCCAGGGCUACAAACCAUCAUCGAGAGCAACGAACGGUGCGGCAAGAUCAUGGAAGACUUCCAGGCUUGUCACAGCUGGGUUGAUCCACAAGCCUACUAUGAAGCCUGUGUCUUCGACGUCUGCGAGUACCAAGGCAGUCUGGAAAUGCUCUGUCAGACCUUGGAGGCCUACGUGCAAGCAUGUGCCGAACAGGGACUAGACUUGGGCGAUUGGAGAACACCAACAAUAUGUCCGCUGACAUGUCCAGUAAACAGCCACUACACCACCUGCGCGAGUGCCUGUCCCGCUACCUGCACCGACGUGGCGGCACCAAACCAGUGCAACCAUCCUUGUAAGGAGGCGUGUGAAUGUGACCUCGGCUUUGUCCUUAGCGGUGAAGUCUGCGUUCCACAGGAGCAGUGUGGUUGUCUGAAGGACGGCAUCUACUACCCGUUGAGCGCCGAAUGGAGCGAGGCCAACGGUCAGACUUGUAGCUGUCGGGGACAGAAUGAUAUCAGCUGUCAACAAGUGGUCUGCGAAGAUGGCUUCUUCUGGAACUUGGAAGACGGCACCUGGGACUGUCGCUGCUUACCUGACAGAGAUUGUGAUGGUGAACGUGGCCCAGUCGAAGCCAUUUGCGUCAGCUGGGGCGAUCCUCACUACAUCACCUUUGACGGAAAGAACAUGAAUUUCAUGGGCGCAUGCACCUACAUUCUCAGCAAGGCCAGCCGACAGAACGACCAACUUCCAGCCUUUGAGAUUCAGGCUACCAACGACAGAAGAGGCUCCGACCGUGUAUCUUACACAGAUAGCGCACUCAUCAACAUCUAUCAGCAUACUGUGAUCUUGGGACAAGGGCGCAUUGUGACGCUGAACGGCCUGCAGGUCACUCCUCCGGUCAACUUGGCACAAGGCAUCAACAUACAAUUGAGUGGACCCAACGUCGUGCUCAGCACUACCUUUGGACUCAGGGUGUCCUUCGACGGAAACCAUCGUCUAGAAGUCGUGGUACCACCAACCUACUUCAACACUACACAGGGCAUUUGUGGCAACUUCAACGGCGACAAAGCCGAUGACAUGCUCAAGUCGGACGGAAUCAUGGCUAUCGAUGCCAACGAGUGGGGCAAUAGCUGGAAGACCAACACAAGCUGUCCUGACGAGGUUCAAAUCGUCACGCCUGACUGUGAGCCAGGGCUACAAACCAUCAUCGAGAGCAACGAACGGUGCGGCAAGAUCAUGGAAGACUUCCAGGCUUGUCACAGCUGGGUUGAUCCACAAGCCUACUAUGAAGCCUGCGUCUUCGACGUCUGCGAGUACCAAGGCAGUCUGGAAAUGCUCUGUCAGACCUUGGAGGCCUACGUGCAAGCAUGUGCCGAACAGGGACUAGACUUGGGCGAUUGGAGAACACCAACAAUAUGUCCGCUGACAUGUCCAGUAAACAGCCACUACACCACCUGCGCGAGUGCCUGUCCCGCUACCUGCACCGACGUGGCGGCACCAAACCAGUGCAACCAUCCUUGUAAGGAGGCGUGUGAAUGUGACCUCGGCUUUGUCCUUAGCGGUGAAGUCUGCGUUCCACAGGAGCAGUGUGGUUGUCUGAAGGACGGCAUCUACUACCCGUUGGGCGCCGAAUGGAGCGAGGCCAACGGUCAGACUUGUAGCUGUCGGGGACAGAAUGAUAUCAGCUGUCAACAAGUGGUCUGCGAAGAUGGCUUCUUCUGGAACUUGGAAGACGGCACCUGGGACUGUCGCUGCUUACCUGACAGAGAUUGUGAUGGUGAACGUGGCCCAGUCGAAGCCAUUUGCGUCAGCUGGGGCGAUCCUCACUACAUCACCUUUGACGGAAAGAACAUGAAUUUCAUGGGCGCAUGCACCUACAUUCUCAGCAAGGCCAGCCGACAGAACGACCAACUUCCAGCCUUUGAGAUUCAGGCUACCAACGACAGAAGAGGCUCCGACCGUGUAUCUUACACAGAUAGCGCACUCAUCAACAUCUAUCAGCAUACUGUGAUCUUGGGACAAGGGCGCAUUGUGACGCUGAACGGCCUGCAGGUCACUCCUCCGGUCAACUUGGCACAAGGCAUCAACAUACAAUUGAGUGGACCCAACGUCGUGCUCAGCACUACCUUUGGACUCAGGGUGUCCUUCGACGGAAACCAUCGUCUAGAAGUCGUGGUACCACCAACCUACUUCAACACUACACAGGGCAUUUGUGGCAACUUCAACGGCGACAAAGCCGAUGACAUGCUCAAGUCGGACGGAAUCAUGGCUAUCGAUGCCAACGAGUGGGGCAAUAGUUGGAAGACCAACACAAGCUGUCCUGACGAGGUUCAAAUCGUCACGCCUGACUGUGAGCCAGGGCUACAAACCAUCAUCGAGAGCAACGAACGGUGCGGCAAGAUCAUGGAAGACUUCCAGGCUUGUCACAGCUGGGUUGAUCCACAAGCCUACUAUGAAGCCUGCGUCUUCGACGUCUGCGAGUACCAAGGCAGUCUGGAAAUGCUCUGUCAGACCUUGGAGGCCUACGUGCAAGCAUGUGCCGAACAGGGACUAGACUUGGGCGAUUGGAGAACACCAACAAUAUGUCCGCUGACAUGUCCAGUAAACAGCCACUACACCACCUGCGCGAGUGCCUGUCCCGCUACCUGCACCGACGUGGCGGCACCAAACCAGUGCAACCAUCCUUGUAAGGAGGCGUGUGAAUGUGACCUCGGCUUUGUCCUUAGCGGUGAAGUCUGCGUUCCACAGGAGCAGUGUGGUUGUCUGAAGGACGGCAUCUACUACCCGUUGGGCGCCGAAUGGAGCGAGGCCAACGGUCAGACUUGUAGCUGUCGGGGACAGAAUGAUAUCAGCUGUCAACAAGUGGUCUGCGAAGAUGGCUUCUUCUGGAACUUGGAAGACGGCACCUGGGACUGUCGCUGCUUACCUGACAGAGAUUGUGAUGGUGAACGUGGCCCAGUCGAAGCCAUUUGCGUCAGCUGGGGCGAUCCUCACUACAUCACCUUUGACGGAAAGAACAUGAAUUUCAUGGGCGCAUGCACCUACAUUCUCAGCAAGGCCAGCCGACAGAACGACCAACUUCCAGCCUUUGAGAUUCAGGCUACCAACGACAGAAGAGGCUCCGACCGUGUAUCUUACACAGAUAGCGCACUCAUCAACAUCUAUCAGUAUGCUGUGAUCUUGGGACAAGGGCGCAUUGUGACGCUGAACGGCCUGCAGGUCACUCCUCCGGUCAACCUGGCGCAAGGCAUCAACAUACAAUUGAGUGGACCCAACGUCGUGCUCAGCACUACCUUUGGACUCAGGGUGUCCUUCGACGGAAACCAUCGUCUAGAAGUCGUGGUACCACCAACCUACUUCAACACUACACAGGGCAUUUGUGGCAACUUCAACGGCGACAAAGCCGAUGACAUGCUCAAGUCGGACGGAAUCAUGGCUAUCGAUGCCAACGAGUGGGGCAAUAGCUGGAAGACCAACACAAGCUGUCCUGACGAGGUUCAAAUCGUCACGCCUGACUGUGAGCCAGGGCUACAAACCAUCAUCGAGAGCAACGAACGGUGCGGCAAGAUCAUGGAAGACUUCCAGGCUUGUCACAGCUGGGUUGAUCCACAAGCCUACUAUGAAGCCUGCGUCUUCGACGUCUGCGAGUACCAAGGCAGUCUGGAAAUGCUCUGUCAGACCUUGGAGGCCUACGUGCAAGCAUGUGCCGAACAGGGACUAGACUUGGGCGAUUGGAGAACACCAACAAUAUGUCCGCUGACAUGUCCAGUAAACAGCCACUACACCACCUGCGCGAGUGCCUGUCCCGCUACCUGCACCGACGUGGCGGCACCAAACCAGUGCAACCAUCCUUGCAAGGAGGCGUGUGAAUGUGACCUCGGCUUUGUCCUUAGCGGUGAAGUCUGCGUUCCACAGGAGCAGUGUGGUUGUCUGAAGGACGGCAUCUACUACCCGUUGGGCGCCGAAUGGAGCGAGGCCAACGGUCAGACUUGUAGCUGUCGGGGACAGAAUGAUAUCAGCUGUCAACAAGUGGUCUGCGAAGAUGGCUUCUUCUGGAACUUGGAAGACGGCACCUGGGACUGUCGCUGCUUACCUGACAGAGAUUGUGAUGGUGAACGUGGCCCAGUUGAAGCCAUUUGCGUCAGCUGGGGCGAUCCUCACUACAUCACCUUUGACGGAAAGAACAUGAAUUUCAUGGGCGCAUGCACCUACAUUCUCAGCAAGGCCAGCCGACAGAACGACCAACUUCCAGCCUUUGAGAUUCAGGCUACCAACGACAGAAGAGGCUCCGACCGUGUAUCUUACACAGAUAGCGCACUCAUCAACAUCUAUCAGCAUACUGUGAUCUUGGGACAAGGGCGCAUUGUGACGCUGAACGGCCUGCAGGUCACUCCUCCGGUCAACUUGGCACAAGGCAUCAACAUACAAUUGAGUGGACCCAACGUCGUGCUCAGCACUACCUUUGGACUCAGGGUGUCCUUCGACGGAAACCAUCGUCUAGAAGUCGUGGUACCACCAACCUACUUCAACACUACACAGGGCAUUUGUGGCAACUUCAACGGCGACAAAGCCGAUGACAUGCUCAAGUCGGACGGAAUCAUGGCUAUCGAUGCCAACGACUGGGGCAAUAGCUGGAAGACCAACACAAGCUGUCCUGACGAGGUUCAAAUCGUCACGCCUGACUGUGAGCCAGGGCUACAAACCAUCAUCGAGAGCAACGAACGGUGCGGCAAGAUCAUGGAAGACUUCCAGGCUUGUCACAGCUGGGUUGAUCCACAAGCCUACUAUGAAGCCUGCGUCUUCGACGUCUGCGAGUACCAAGGCAGUCUGGAAAUGCUCUGUCAGACCUUGGAGGCCUACGUGCAAGCAUGUGCCGAACAGGGACUAGACUUGGGCGAUUGGAGAACACCAACAAUAUGUCCGCUGACAUGUCCAGUAAACAGCCACUGCACCACCUGCGCGAGUGCCUGUCCCGCUACCUGCACCGACGUGGCGGCACCAAACCAGUGCAACCAUCCUUGUAAGGAGGCGUGUGAAUGUGACCUCGGCUUUGUCCUUAGCGGUGAAGUCUGCGUUCCACAGGGGCAGUGUGGUUGUCUGAAGGACGGCAUCUACUACCCGUUGGGCGCCGAAUGGAGCGAGGCCAACGGUCAGACUUGUAGCUGUCGGGGACAGAAUGAUAUCAGCUGUCAACAAGUAGUCUGCGAAGAUGGCUUCUUCUGGAACUUGGAAGACGGCACCUGGGACUGUCGCUGCUUACCUGACAGAGAUUGUGAUGGUGAACGUGGCCCAGUCGAAGCCAUUUGCGUCAGCUGGGGCGAUCCUCACUACAUCACCUUUGACGGAAAGAACAUGAAUUUCAUGGGCGCAUGCACCUACAUUCUCAGCAAGGCCAGCCGACAGAACGACCAACUUCCAGCCUUUGAGAUUCAGGCUACCAACGACAGAAGAGGCUCCGACCGUGUAUCUUACACAGAUAGCGCACUCAUCAACAUCUAUCAGCAUACUGUGAUCUUGGGACAAGGGCGCAUUGUGACGCUGAACGGCCUGCAGGUCACUCCUCCGGUCAACUUGGCACAAGGCAUCAACAUACAAUUGAGUGGACCCAACGUCGUGCUCAGCACUACCUUUGGACUCAGGGUGUCCUUCGACGGAAACCAUCGUCUAGAAGUCGUGGUACCACCAACCUACUUCAACACUACACAGGGCAUUUGUGGCAACUUCAACGGCGACAAAGCCGAUGACAUGCUCAAGUCGGACGGAAUCAUGGCUAUCGAUGCCAACGAAUGGGGCAAUAGCUGGAAGACCAACACAAGCUGUCCUGACGAGGUUCAAAUCGUCACGCCUGACUGUGAGCCAGGGCUACAAACCAUCAUCGAGAGCAACGAACGGUGCGGCAAGAUCAUGGAAGACUUCCAGGCUUGUCACAGCUGGGUUGAUCCACAAGCCUACUAUGAAGCCUGCGUCUUCGACGUCUGCGAGUACCAAGGCAGUCUGGAAAUGCUCUGUCAGACCUUGGAGGCCUACGUGCAAGCAUGUGCCGAACAGGGACUAGACUUGGGCAAUUGGAGAACACCAACAGUAUGCCCGCUGGCAUGUCCAAUAAACAGUCACUACACCAGCUGUGCAAGUGCCUGUCCGGCUACCUGCACCGAUGUGGCGGCACCAAACCAGUGUAAUCAUCCUUGUAAGGAGGCCUGUGAAUGUGACCUUGGCUUCGUCCUUAGCGGUGAAGUCUGCGUUCCGCAGGAGCAGUGUGGUUGUCUGAAGGACGGCAUCUACUACCCGUUGGGCGCCGAAUGGAGCGAGGCCAACGGUCAGACUUGUAGCUGUCGUGGACAGAAUGAUAUCAGCUGUCAACAAGUGGUCUGCGAAGAUGGCUUCUUCUGGAACUUGGAAGACGGCACCUGGGACUGUCGCUGUCUACCUGAUAGAGAUUGUGAUGGUGAGCGUGGCCCAGUCGAAGCCAUUUGCGUCAGCUGGGGCGAUCCUCACUACCUCACCUUUGACGGAAAGAACUUGAACUACCAGGGUGCGUGCACCUACAUCCUCAGCAAGGCCAGUCGACAGAACGACCAACUUCCAGCCUUUGAGAUUCAGGCUACCAACGACAGAAGAGGCUCCGACCGUGUAUCUUACACAGACAGCGCACGCAUCAACAUCUAUCAACAUAGUGUGGUCUUGGGACAAGGGCGCGCCGUGACGCUGAACGGCCUGCAGGUCACUCCUCCGGUCAACUUGGCGCAAGGCAUCAACAUACAAUUGAGUGGACCCAAUGUCGUGCUCAGCACUACCUUUGGACUCAGAGUGUCCUUCGACGGAAACCAUCGCCUAGAAGUCGUGGUACCACCAACCUACUUCAACACUACACAGGGCAUCUGUGGCAACUUCAACGGCGACCAAACCGAUGACAUGCUCAAGUCGGACGGAAGCAUGGCUAUCGAUGCCGUCGAGUGGGGCAAUAGCUGGAAGACCAACACAAGCUGCCCUGACGAGGUUGUAGACGUCGUGCCUGACUGUGACUCUGGGCUACAAACUAUCAUCGAGAGCGACCAACGGUGUGGCAAGAUCAUGGAAGACUUCCAGGCUUGUCACAGCUGGGUUGAUCCACAAGCUUACUAUGAUGCCUGUGUUUACGACGUCUGCGAGUACCAAGGCAGUCUGGAAAUUCUCUGUCAGACCUUGGAGGCUUACGUGCAAGCAUGCGCCGAACAGGGAGUAGACUUGGGCGAUUGGAGAACACCAACAAUAUGCCCGCUGGCAUGCCCAAUAAACAGUCACUACACCACCUGUGCAAGUGCCUGCCCGGCUACCUGCACCGACGUGGCGGCACCAAACCAGUGCAACCAUCCUUGUAAGGAGGCGUGUGAAUGUGACCUUGGCUUUGUCCUCAGCGGUGAAGUCUGCGUCCCAUAUGAGCAAUGCGGUUGUGUGAAGGAUGGAUUCUAUCAUCCAGUUGGAGAAGAAUGGGGCGAUGUGAAUGGCGAGGUCUGUACUUGCCGUGGCAAGGAUGACAUCCAGUGUCAAGACGUCACUUGUGAUGAGGGAUUCUUCUGGUCCUUACAGGACGGCCGAUGGGAUUGUUACUGCUUGCCUGACAGGAAUUGUACUGAAGAUGAAACCUUAGUGGAGGAAGGCAUUUGCGUCAGCUGGGGCGAUCCUCACUACUUAACCUUCGACGGAAGGAACUUGAACUACCAGGGUGCAUGUACGUACAUACUUGCCAGGGCUGAGCAACAGACGGAUGUCCUUCCAGCCUUUGAGAUUCAGGCUACCAACGACAGAAGAGGCUCCGACCGUGUAUCAUACACAGACAGCGCACGCAUAACCGUCUUCAGACAUACUGUGAUCUUGGGACAAUCAAGAGUUGUGACGGUAAAUGUGCUUUAA